AUGGAAGGAAGAGUGGAAGUCGCGUUUGGUGAUACACAACUCAAAGUCACACCGGUUCCCAUGGACUACCUGACUCAAUUCUCCAUUAUAGACACAAAUCGAGAUGGUCUCAUUACCCGGCGGGAAUUAUUUAAAUAUGCACUCAGUAUUGGGGAGGAUAUCUCUAUGGUUGAUACUUGGUUCAAACUGUUUGAUGCACAGGACAAGGGAGUGAUCACUAUUGACGAUGUGAGUCGUACCCUGGGUGUUCCGCCACCGAAGUAUUACAAAGAACGACUUUCGAGACGCUCCGUUGGCGAUGGUUUUGAUGUGUUCAAAUCCACACCGGAUCUGUCCAGAACCACGAGUGUGGAACGAGCAGAUAUCUACAAGUCUGCGACUCGCAGCCUUCCGAAGUCCAAGUCCCAAGAGAUCAGUGGAACUUAUCAUAUGACACUCCAUGAUUUGAAGGGGAUCGACAUCGAACCUGUGGAGGAAUUGUUACGCACAAAAUUGACUCACGUAAUCUACAGCAUUUUGGAUGCAGGCAUAAACGAGAAGAUGCAAGAUAGUCUCCUGGCAGCUGAAAUCGGUCGUGCAUUGGACAGACAGUACGGACGCAACUGGCAAGUGUUUGUGAGCAAGAAGACACUCGGAUGUGCCUUCGGACACUUGCCCGGAAAAAUGGUACAGCUGAAACACAAGAGUUACUUUGUGGUCACCUACCAGACUGGUGUAAAUGAAUCAUAAGACUGGGAGACAGUAUGCCAAUAUUUUCCCAUUUUACACUGCUUUUUCAGCAGAUCUGUAUGUGUAAAGCCCCCGAAUUCAUACUGCAUUAGUGCGAAUUUUACUGUGAUACGCC